AUGGAGGCCGGCGGUCCACCGGAACCAAAACCCUCAUCAUUGACACGUCUCAACACCUUCGUCGGAAAAUCCCGGAUCGGAAAACGGUUCAAACUCAAUGAACGCAAGACCACCUUCACCACCGAGCUCCGCGCCGGCACCGCCACCUUCCUCACCAUGGCUUACAUUCUCGCUGUCAACGCCAGUAUCCUUUCAGACUCUGGCGGCCCUUGCUCCGUCUCCGACUGUAUCGACCUCUGUUCUGAUUCAUCCGUCGCCGUCUCCAACUGCACAGGUCCGAACUUACGGGUCAUUCAACCCGACGACACCUGCAAGUUUUCUCCGGUGAACCCUGGUUACACCGAGUGUUUGGGAAGAGUCCGGAAAGAUCUUAUCGUCGCCACCGUAGCUUCUUCGCUUAUUGGGUGUGUGAUCAUGGGCACUUUCGCUAAUUUACCCUUGGCUUUAGCACCUGGAAUGGGUGCUAACGCCUACUUCGCUUACACCGUCGUCGGAUUUCAUGGCUCCGGUAACAUAUCUUAUGAAAACGCCCUCGCCGCUGUUUUCAUCGAAGGGAUGAUAUUUUUGUUGAUUUCUGCCGUCGGCUUACGAGCUAAGCUUGCGAAAUUGGUUCCGAAGCCGGUGAGAAUCUCUUCAUCGGCCGGAAUCGGCUUGUUUUUAGCUUUCAUCGGCUUGCAGAGCAACCAAGGUAUCGGCUUAAUAGGUUACAGCUCUUCAACUCUCCUUACCAUCGGCGCGUGUCCAAUCUCCUCACGCGCUUCACUCGCGCCUGUAAUUACUUUCCCCAACGGCACUGUCACCCUCCUCCCCGGCGGCUCCGUCUCCGGCGAUAUUAUGUGUCUGCAUAACCGAAUGGAAAGCCCAACGUUCUGGCUCGGCGUGGUCGGUUUCGUAAUUAUCGGUUACUGUUUGGUUAAAAACGUAAAAGGUGCGAUGAUUUAUGGCAUUGUGUUUGUAACUGCUGUAUCAUGGUUCCGUAACACGCAAGUAACGGCGUUUCCCGACACUCCGGCCGGCGACGCCGCUUUCGAUUACUUCAAAAAGGUCGUCGACGUGCAUAAAAUUGAAUCCACCGCCGGUGCACUGAGCUUUUCCAGCAUCAACAAAGGGUAUUUCUGGGAAGCAUUGGUUACAUUUCUUUACGUCGACAUCCUCGACACCACCGGAACUCUCUACUCCAUGGCACGUUUCGCCGGAUUCGCAGACGAAAACGGAGAGUUUGAAGGUCAGUACUUUGCUUUCAUGUCUGACGCAACGUCGAUCGUUGUUGGGUCACUCCUUGGGACGUCACCGGUGACAGCGUUUAUAGAAUCUUCCACCGGAAUAAGGGAAGGUGGGAGGACUGGUAUGACGGCGUUGACGGUGGCGGGAUACUUUAUGUUGGCAUUUUUCUUCACACCAUUGCUAGCGUCGAUACCGGCGUGGGCGGUGGGGCCGCCGUUGAUACUGGUCGGAGUUCUGAUGAUGAGAUCGGUGGUGGAGAUCGACUGGAAUGAUAUGAAACAGGCGAUUCCGGCGUUCAUGACGUUGAUAUUGAUGCCGUUGACAUAUUCCAUCGCUUAUGGAUUGAUCGGUGGGAUAGGGACUUACUUAGUACUGAAUUUGUGGGAUUGGGGAGAGGGGUUAUUAAGUAAAUUUGGGGUUCUUAAGGGGGUUAGAAGUGAUAGAUCUGUUGAUAAUAGUAGUGUAGGGGGUAAUAGAGUAAUUGUAGGAAAGGGUAUGGAUGAAAAUGAUAAACGGGUUGAAGUUUAG